ACUUCACGCUCACAGUACGUUGGAGUCUUGCGCAACAGAACACAAAUCGCAGAGGGGGAAUGCAAGGGUGAAAAAGAAGCCGAGGAGACGCAAAGAAGGAAGGAUACAUGGAAAAGGAAAAGAAGUCCAAACGUGAAGGGGAUAAGGACAACAAAGCCAAAAUGGAGGAGGAAAGGAAAGAUGAAUGCGCUGAGGAGGACAGAAGGGAAACAAGCCAAGAAGGACGUAAACCAGGAGAAGGAGCUAAGGAAGACGGAGGGAGAAAGGAGACAACAACAAUGAAGGAAGGACACAUGGAAAGAAAAGUUAAGGAGGAGCCAAAGAGAAGGACCUAAAGAGGAUGCAAGGAAUAAAGACAUUAGGAAAGCUAUCCAAGAAGGAAGGUGAGAAGGAGACAAAAGUCAAAUGGGGACAAACACACAAGGAGACAAGGAAAAUAAAUCUGAAACAAGGAGCUAAGGGAGAGACAAGGAGAAGAUGUCAAGAAGAAAGGACCCAAGGAGAUAAGGAAAAGGAAUCAAGGAGUUGAGGGUAACAAGUAGAAGGACGCGGGGUGUGUGGGGGGGCAAAAGGAAGGAGGAGACAAGGACAUGAGAACCAGGAAGUAAGCGAAAGAGAUGAGGAAAUCAAAGGGAAGGGGACUGAAGAUAAAAGUAAGUGGUCAAGGACACAAGAAAAGCAAGACGUUGAGUAGAGGAGGAAACUUAACCAAUGAGAUGACAAGGAGGUAAGGGAGAGACAAAGGGAAGGAGAGAAAGAAGGACAAGAAGUCAAGAAAAAAGGACCCAAGGAGAUGAGGAAAAGGAACCAAGGAGUUGAAGACAAGGAGCUAAGGAAGGAGUGUAACAAGGAAAGAAAGUCAAAAAAGGAAGGAGUGAAGGAUGAGAAGGAGUGAAGGAACAUUAGUCAAAAAGGAAGGCAGGACACAAGGACAAUAAGGCAAGGAACGAAGAUCAAAAGAGGACACAAGGGAAGUAAUUCAAAGAAGGAAGCAGGCAAGGAGAAAAGUAAAGAAGGGCGGAAGCCAAGGAAAAGGAGAUAGGAAACAAGUCGAAAGAAAAUAGACAAGAAUACAAGACGACUGAAACAAGGAAAAGAAGAUAAGAAGGGGAGGAGAUAAGAGCACAGGGAGAAAAGAAACAUCCAUAAAUUUUCCGUACUGCUUACAGGGAAAAGAAAAUAGGAGAGAAUGAAAUCAAAAGGAAGGAGAGCGAAGACAUUUGAUUGGCAGCUCGUGACGGCCAAUCGCCUCCCACCCCUUGGCCAAUGAGCGCGUAGGGGGCGGGGCUAGUUUAAGUAUCUGUGAGGAGCUGUUGUCAGGGAAAAGGGCGAAGGUGGAGGAAGGCAGCAAACAUGGCCCACACCGGAGAACAUUGCGCUACAGCAGCCAGUUUUGCCAUGGGCAACACGACCGUCACUGACAGCACGACUCCAUGUGUCCAGAAUCUAACGGAGACGGAUGCCUUCAGGAGCAAUAAGCUUUUGGACCCCACUGAGGAGUACAGGAUGGACUACAGACGACGAGGCCAGGCGCUCAUUUUUAACCAGGAACGCUUCUUCUGGCGCCUUGGCAUGAAUGACCGGCUUGGCACUAACACUGACCGCUACAACCUGGAGAUCAGGCUGAAGGCGCUCGACUUUGAGGUGAAAGUUUAUGACAACUACAAAAAUGCGGAAGUCCUUGAGAUAAUCCAUAAAGCUGCUGAGGAAAACCACUCUGAUGCCGAUUGCUUCGUGCUCAUUUUCCUGAGCCACGGCGAGGACGAGCAUGUGUACACCAACGAUGGGAAAAUCAGCAUCCAGCACAUUACGUCGCUCUUCAAAGGAGACAAGUGCCAAAGCCUAGUCGGGAAGCCCAAGAUCUUUGUGUGGCAGGCAUGUCGUGGAGACAAGCACGACAACCCCGUGGUGGCCUGUGACGCUGUGGACAGCGAGCUGAAGACAAACGAGGUGGUCGUUGACGCCAGCGCUGUUCACACGCUUCCGGCCGGAGCUGACUUCAUCAUGUGCUACUCGGUGGCAGAAGGAUACUACUCGCAUCGGGAUACAGUGAACGGCUCGUGGUACAUUCAAGACCUGUGCGAGCUGCUGACAAAGUACGGCGACUCUCUGGAAUUCACCGAACUCCUGACGCUGGUCAACCGCAUUGUGUCUGAGAGGAGCGUCUUGGUCAGCAAGGACAGAGAGUCCAUCGGCAAGAAGCAGGUGCCGUGCUUCGCCUCCAUGCUCACCAAGAAACUCUACUUCCGUCCCAAAAACAGCUGACACCAGUGAUGACUGUACCUCAGGGAGGAUGGGUGUGUGUAUUUUUUUUUCUCCCCCCAAACCUUUGCUACUUUUGUAAAAUUGCAUGAUCUACUGAAUGACUCAGGAACAACAGAGCCACUGUCAAACGCCAAUCCCACUUUACUCAUCUGUUUUAGUCUAGUUUUCCUAGUGACAAACAGGAGAUUCAGGAAAUGAGUUUAUUUCAGUAUUCCAGUUUUGGUUUCUAUCCAUCUCCUUGUCCCUCUUCCAAAGACAACCAUCAUCAAUAUUCCUGAUUAAAAAUGCAGCAUUAUGAAAAUAAGCAAGUGUUUUUUUUUUUUGUUGCUCUGUGAUGACAUCAUGGCUUGGGCUGGAUCUGUUCAAUGGGGAGUUGAAGCUGCGUUGGAUAUCGCAGGCGUUUCAGGUCAUCCUCCACCUGAAACAUGUAUAGUUUAUAUUGAAUAGAAAGUAGUGGUUCAUUUGCAAAUGAAUAUAUAUACCUUACAUAAAAAGUGUUCAUUAUGACCUGACGUGGUUUGAUGCAAAUACCUGUAUGACCUUGUUACGAGUCAACUUUUAACAACUUUUUCCAAAUAGACCAGACUUGUCGUUUCCUUAGUGUGCAAUUAAUUUCCAUUGGUGCUUGGGACAGUUAAGAAUAAGCCUUGUGAAGACACACACCUUUCUAAACUACAGUUAACAUUAACGCCAUUCAUGUGUAAAAAUAAAUAAACCACUGUUUAUCAUAAAAGCGUAAUAACUUACAAAUCGGAAGAUGAGUCCUUUAAAGCUGUCACACAAAUACAAUGAACAAAAAAGUCAGUGGUGUAGUUUCCUGCGACUUUACAGGUGAAGUUUAAUUCUAAAUUGUACUGUCAAAUUUUCAGUUCAGUAGCCAAGCUAAAGUGGUUGGUGCCUAAAUAAAGAGCACAUUAGGAAACAAUAGGGUAUAGUCAAACAUAAGACUAAUACAGAAUGUGGCUAGUGAAAACAUGUUAGCAUUUAGCGUACAUCUUAUUCCACUGUAUAUCUACACUACUAGCAAUGGCAACACACCUGAGCAAACUCAUCUUUGAGUUCAUUAUACUUUUCCACAUUGAACUUCUUCUUGCUAGCCCCCUUGUAGAAGUAAUGCAGGAACUGUCUGUCUUUAGCAUUGGGAUAGACAUAAUCCUGGAAAGAGAAAGUACAUUGAGGAAAUGACAGAAAAAUUGAGUCUGCAGGACAAAAUGUGGCUCGCUUGCCUCCUUUGUGAGAACGUAGUAGGCGAAGGCCCCCAUACUGGUGGCGUAGGUGACAAAGUAGGUGACCGGCUCCAUGACGUCCCACGAAUACACCCACCAGGUGAGCCAGGCCAGGGCGCCGCCCUGCACAGACAGCAGCGCCAAACCCGUCC